GCAGUAAAUAACGAACGGCAUUUUGUCAAAAACUACCAAAAAAAACGUUAAAAUUUGUGCAAUUCCACUUGAGGUGUGUGCAUUGGCGUAAUUUUCGUAAGUUGGUUAUAAAAUUCCUCGGGUCGGUGUAAAUCGUCGCCAAAGUGGCAACGUCCUCGGGGUCGUUCCUCGUUAUCGAAUCCUCCGGAGCGACGCAUGCGCUUGUCUUGUUUACAAGGAAAAGCCGCUCCGCAUUGCGUCUGCGACAUACGUCGUACGAUCGUCUGGGCGCCUCAUUGCCAGCCCCGACAAAGACAGUGCCAGUGGUGGCGUUCCGUGUCCAGACAGUGCCGCUUCAGACGUCUACAACACAUGACCGACCUCGUCAAGAUGGACGCGAGUCAGUGUUAGUGUCGGAGUGUCGUAAAAUGUGCGUUGAUGAUGUCGGGCAGUGAGGGUGGAGUGGUCCGCAGUGGCUACCUCAAAAAACUCAAAACCUCCCGCAAGAAGUUCUUCGUGCUGCGAGCCGAGACGGCGGACGCGUCCGCCAGGCUGGAGUACUACGACUCGGAGAGGAAGUUCAACAAUGGGCUGCCCCCGAAGCGGAGCAUCCCGCUGAAGAAUUGCUUCAAUAUCAACAAACGGCUGGACACCAAACAUAAACACGUCAUUGCGUUGUACACGAAGGACGACUGCUUCUGCGUCGUCUUGGACAACGACGACGACUUGGACAGCUGGUUGAAGGCGCUUUUGAAGCUCCAACACGGAGAAGAAGUCGUCGACGGGGAGACACCCAAGCCCACGUUCGAGCACGUGUGGCAAGUGACCGUACUUAAUCGAGGCCUCGGAAAUGCCGGCCUUACCGGAAAUUACCGCCUCUGUCUUACCGACAAGACUCUGAGUCUGAUCAAAAGAGACUGCGAAAAACCAACAAUCGAACUGAACCUUUCGAAUAUUCGAAGUUGCGGAAAUCUCCGCGAUUUUUUCUUCUUGGAGAUUGGUAGAUCAAGUACCUUGGGAGCCGGCGAAUUAUGGAUGCAAACGGAAGACAACAACAUUGCCCAAAAUGUGCAUUCGACCGUUUUUCAUGCCAUGUCUACCAACAGCAGCAGCAAGGACGAAUUGGGCCCGAAAAGCCGUAAUCGUUCCUCUUCGGCCACCGAAUCCUCCAAACCUAACAUGACGCGAAAAAUCCACAUCGCCCCCAAAUGUCAUAUAUUUCUACCACCAGAUGUGUUCCACACUAGUGACACUCAGGUCAUUCCCGCGGGCAGCUCCACGCAGCACCCUCUCGUGAGCGGUGUUGCCAGUUUUUAUCAACAUCUAAUCCAGAGAGGAGCCAAAGCUUCAGAACGUCGACAUUCAAUAUCAGCAGGUAGUCUAACCCAUUGUGGCGUCAUCAGCCAUCAGCGCACUCAAUCACUGCCUUUAGCGAAUCCCGCACCUCUUUCCGAUCACUCGCACUCACGAAAACGCCCCAAAUGUAUGAGCCGGGAACGUUGCGAUUCGAUGCCAUCCCGGGCACGAACCACAUCCGAGGGGAAUCACCGACACUUGAAUCCUUAUCGGCCGGCAUCGCUGUACGGUCGUGACAUUUCGCACAGUCCGCCAUUAGGCAGUCCGGUGAGUCCCCCGUGUUCCACCGAUUCGGCAGGAAGUUCGUACAGUUUGACCGACGAAACGGACGUUUGUACGGAAAUGGAACCAAGUUUGGGACGCUAUGGACACUCAUUGACCCCAGACGAGGCGAUUGCCGAGGAGGACUGUCCUGAUAGCCCCCCCUACAAUAAUUACAUUUCGAUGACGUUGCACAGCUCGGACGAUGGAUAUGUGGAUAUGUCGCCCAGGGGACGGCAUCAUAAUUCGCCGACGGCGAGUAUGAGUAGCGUCACUUCGGGGACUCCCUCAACGGACAUGCGCUUCGCGGAGUAUCCCCUUGAGAAGGUGACGUCGUACUUGGCCGACGAUGACGGACGGCCAGCUCGGGCAUAUUCGGUCGGUUCCAAACCGGAACGGUAUAAAAAAUACACGGAAAUGGGCGGAAACAGCGAUAAUUUACGGGCACGUGCGUUAAGUGUUGGGUCGAAAAAACCACCAGCUAGGGUUUUACCACCGCAUGGGUACCACCAUCCUGGUACCAAGUCGUCAAGUGCGCCCAUCUUAACCAAUUCCCGCGGUCAGGGCUCGUACAAUUCCAUCGGCCCAAUGGACGAUCUCAUGGAAAUGGAUUUCAGUCAUAACUCCGGUUACAUGGACAUGAAGCCGGUCAACUCCGGUUACGUGGAAAUGAAACCGGGCCGUAAACCGGAAACCUCACCUUACGUCGACAUGUCGUCCGGUUCUUCCCCGGCCAAACCGUCGUACAUUUCUCCCGCCGCCACCACGACCCAAACCGAAGUCUACAUGGAGAUGGACCCUCGAAAAAAUCACAGCGAGUAUUUAUCGAUGAGUUUUACUAAAAAACUCCCAAGUCCGGGGAGUCCCGGGACCCCCGAAGGCUACGUCGAGAUGUCGCUCGGGCGUGGCCACAACCCCAGCCAACUAACUGAAGACUACGCCAACAUGUCGCUGAACAACACGAAGAAGCGACCCAAUCGCAAGAAAGACAAGAACCGAUCGGAGCCAAUCAACAUCCAGGGCGGGCCCAACCCGCGCUCGCUCCUCCUCGCGCGCAAACACUCGACCGGGACUCCGCCCACGAUGUAUCUGCCGCUCGUCGAGGCCACGCCUCACGACUCGAAGGACAGUUCGAGUUCGAGUAUCAACACCCCUUCCAGUUCCUCGACCAUUUUUCCGAUUAGUCUGAACAGUCCGUCGAAGGCCACGCCCGACUAUAUACCGAUGGAUUUCGACAAAUCCGAUUACGUGAAUUACGACCCGAAGCCGGGAGUGGGGGAGUUUCGGCCAAUCAAUGAGAGUAACGACGACGAGGGGCGGGCUUACGAGGUUUUGAGGCCGAGUUCGAGCGAGUCGUGUUCGACGAUCGGGGGUUCUCGGCCGGCGUCGGUUAGUUCCGCGCAUAUGCAUUACGCGAGCUUGGAUUUGGAUGAGGGGGGGAAUCGGAGUCCGAGGACGGUGAAAGGGAGUGGGGGGGAGCAAGGGGAAGUGACGUUGACGUAUGCCGCCAUUGAUUUUGUCAAAAGUGAAGGGUUGAAGCACAAUGCGGUGGCGGCGACCAAUGCGAAAGUUAAACAUUGAAAAAGAGACUGAUUUUAGGUAAUUGUAGGGUUACCAUGGACUUGUCAUAUCCGGUUGACUUGCUUAUAUUAUUAUGUAUAUGUAUAAGAAUUAAACAAUUGUUGGAUGUUUCAUGUAGACGAGAUAGUGAAAUUUUGUUUUGGUUUUGUUUGUUUGAAACGGAAACGUGUCAUGUUUGGAUUUUUUGCAAAUUAUAGGAUAUUAGAGUAAUUUGUAAACAUAUCACCUCCCCUUAACGAGCUAGGAAAUCAGAGGAGGCGAUUGUGGCGACCUCUCUGUUUGUCUAUUCAAUGUAUACACAAUAAAUGUUACUAGAUCUCUGAAGAUUCAAGAAGUGUAAAUGAAGAUCAGCAUUCCAGAUCAUGGGGUACAAUCAUUAGUGAAUUAUUUCCCCAUCCGCGCGACUAGUGAAAAUUUUUAAAACUAGUAUCAUCACUAAAAAGAUAUUUUAUAUACUACUACAAUGAUGGUAAACCAAGUUAGUGUAAUUAUAUAUAUUUCUAUUUCACAUUCUUAAAGCAAUGUUAUGUAAUUGUACUAUAUUAUCUAAACCUGUUUGUAAUUAAAACAAGUAGUUAGAGAAGUGAGUUGUAAACAUUAUUCUUAUUGAGGCUCAAUUUAUAAUUCCUAUGUAGUCAUGAAAUGACAUAAUUUCUUUGUUUUUUAAUUUAUAUAAGUUGUAUAUUCUAAGUGUUAAUUUAUUUGUAUUUAUAUGCUUUGAUUUAUCCUGAAAUACCAAAACAUCAGAAUUGUUCCACUGUAAAACUGCCAUAACGUGAAAUUAGUGAAAUCUUUAUAUGCAACAGGUGCUAAGAAUAUACACGAACGAACUUUUAUUUAUUUCGAAUGACAGUGCCUUUACACAGUUUUUUAUUUGAAUUUUUUAAAAUUAGCAUUUUAUCUUUGUUGCUUUUAGCCAUAGAACAUUCUGCACUUUUCGAUUGAUUUUAUUUGUUUUUUACUACUUUUAAAUGAUUCAAGAGCCUUGACUUUUAUCAUAAAUAAAAAAAAUUAGAAAAUAUAUUAAGAAAAUGCUAUAUAAUCUUGAAAUAGCUUAUGCAAUUUAUGUAGUGAUGCAUGUAAAAAUUAUUAAUGUGAAAAAUAGGAAAUUUGCUAUAUGUAUAGAAAAUUUGGACAUUUUCAAAUACUCUGUAACCACCACCAGUUCAGAAUAUUUCUCUCAUUCAUAAAAAAAGGUAAUAAACGAAUAUUCUGGAUGGUGACUGUUUGAAAUCAUGUAAAGAAAUUUUUAGUCCUAUAAUUUGCGAAAUUUAUGUAAUAAUAACGUCAACCUGUUUCGAGCACUAAGACUAGUGUCUGUACACAAUAUUGGCUGCCUAUAUUUUUUUGUAAAUCGACAAAUAAAUUAUUUCAUUUAAA